GUGAGAUUUAAGGUUUUAUCGGAAGCUUCAGUUGUUGCUGCAUUUGGGUCAGAUGUGGUGUUAACUUGUCGCCUUAUUCCUGAGAUGAACGCAGAGAAGAUGGAAAUCCGUUGGUUUAAGCCUAUGUACCGGCCCUAUGUCCAUCUUUAUAUUAAUGGGAAAGAUGAUUACACAGCCCAGAUGCCACAGUUUGCUAACAGAACAGAACUGCUAAAAGAGAACAUCACUAGGGGAAUUUUCCCUUUGAUGAUCCAUAAAGUCACAGCUCAGGAUUCUGGGAAAUAUUAUUGUUAUGUUGAGUCCACUGAACAUCAUGGUAGCACAACAGUACAGCUACAGGUUACUGAACAGCAACCUGACCUCAAUCAAGACAGUUACUUACAGGACCAGAAGCAGGACAAAAAAGGUGAGUCUAACCUUACCAGAACAUUUCCAACACACCGCAAACCACACUAUUCUAAUUAACUAAACAUCAGGUAUUGCCAUCAGCUGGAAAUAAAUAUAUUUUGCAAUAUCCCCAAAGGGCUGGUUACUAAACAGAACAAGGGGGCCUUUUACAAACUGUAUAAUAUUCUGUUUCCCUGCAUCUAAAAACUUUCAGUCACUGUAAUAUAAUGUAUAUAGCUUAGUCAUGAAGGUUUUAAGCAGGGUUUUAUAGGGUCAAUAUUACAGAGUAAAUACCAGAGAAGAGCUUUAGAAUGAAGGAAUGAAUUUUAAGUAUGUGAAUGCAGCUGUUCUAAAUACAUGUAACCUCUAUGUUUGACCUCAAUUGCAAGAGCUAAAUUAUACAGUAAUUGCUACAUGAUUUCAGGUUAUUAUGGUAUUCAACCACUUUACAACUCAAGUAUAAGCCUAGUUUUUAUUUUGAUUAUUAUUUUGAUUAUAGAAACUUAGCAGUAGCUGCUGCAUUUCCCACCCUAGG